AUGGUAACGCCAGUUUUUAAUAUCACAUUCGAAGGUUGCAUUCACUACAAGGUUAAUAAGAACCUGCGGCAGACAGAUUGUACCACGGACAACAUUACUGAUACAAAAUGCGAUCAUGUGCUCAGUAAAUGCAACAGUUUGACCAACAAUGAACCAGAUCUGUUCGUCACUCCACACAAUCAAAUAUCUUUAAAUCAAUUGGAAACCGAAAAUAAUGUUAAUACAAGUGACAUAAGUUCAGUAACACCGUAUCUGACCGCCCGAUACGAGACCAUUACCACCUCGCUCAAAACUCAAUAUAAACAAAAAAUGAACGAGCUGUUCGCUGACCAUGGCAAAUUCUACGAACACGAUCACCUGGACACAUUGAACGACACUAUAAUCUACUCGUUAGUCAAUGACUUAACUGAGACAGAUGUGGGCUCAAAUGUCGUGCCCAUUGAGCCCUACAAACAGUCGUUGUACGCAUACGUGAGGGACAAGUAUCGGGGCUAUAGUGAGAUCAAUCGUUUGCUGUGGAUCACAACCAUAUUGAAUAAUUUGGACAAACAAUACGAGCACGAGUUGAACGCCUGGAUAGAGUCCGUGGCAACCGAUGCCGACGACGAGCACAGGUAUGUGGACGAGAGUCUACUCAUCCGCACCCGUAUUGUGUCGGAAAAUAGCCUCAUUUACAGCGAGCGUCUGGACCUCCAGGCGCUGAACGCCCGGUUUGACGUCACCCACGAUCGCAUACGCCGAGCGCUCGCCGACUCAAAGUACGGCCGGUACCGGGCUAUCGAUACUAUUGUCGAGCGGGCCGAAAAGUUGUAUCAGCGCGAGAUGGACAGGGACCCCGAAUACUGGCCGGGCAUACGGCCCGACCGGUUGGACGAGAUUAAUGAUGAGCUAAUGAUGGAUGCGGUGACCCGGUUCAGUACCGACCAUAGUCAUAUGUCUUUGGACACAUACACCAAGUUUGUUCAAAAUAAAUUACGCCUGGCCUACAAUACUAUAAUGAGCGCACCCACCGGUCCGGCUGUUGACCUUCAUUAUAUAUGGCGGAAAGAUCAAUCGAGUUAACCACAAAAAAAUAUAGGGAAAUAUUUGACCUGGUAUUGAAAUUAAAAUAUUACACGCCCUCCGAUUUGAAGUGCAUUCACUCCAUAUUAAAGUUUGAAUGCAUUACAACUCUAAGAAUAUCGCUCCAAUCAACUGACACUCUAAAUGAGCUUGAACAAUUUUGUAUUAUUGACUGCCAAGGGCAAUUAAAUAAAAUUUAUCGACAAAUUCACAUCGAUUACAUGGAAACAACUUUUGGCUCAAACUGUAAUAUUGAGGCAGAUAUUGCCGAUAAUUGGUUAUACAGUCUCCCAAAUGUCGGGUCGACUGCGGGCGACGGUAUUGGCAGCGAUGAAACAUCCGUUGCGAUUGAUGAGGCGG